UACAUAUGAAACAUAGCUCGCACAAUUCUUACCGGAGCAAUCUUGGCUUGCGAUUGGACACGCGUUCUUUCAGAUGCCUGUCUCCUUGCGAAGCGAAGAGAGAUUAGUUGUAAAUGAAUAUCUUAUCAAUUCCUUGCUUGAAGUCAGCAAUAUUGUAUUUUGCGUCAGAGAUAUUUGCCCCGAAACAAGCCCCCAAGCCAGAUAAAGUAAUAGCCUCAAAUUGAGACGUGCCUCAAAUCACUAUGGUGUUGAAAACUUGCGACACGUUAACUUUAGUUGGUUUUCUAUUCAUCCUUCAAGUCAUUCACGGUGAAUCACCCUACUCAUGGGAAUGCGACUCGAUCAAAAGAACCUGUUCCAAGGUUUUGACGUCUCAAACCACCGCUCCUUUAGAUUUUAUGGAGUGUAAAAUGACAUGCUCGGAUGUCGGAACACUGUGGCCCCUUCCUACCAACUUGGAAUAUCUAUCCAAAGCUCUUGUCACCUUCGAUCAAGUGGAAGACAUUAGCAUCGCUACUUGUGAUUGUGACGCAAUUACAGAAGGAUUAGUGAACACAUUUUUCAAUGAUGUGUUCCUUGGUUAUUUGAAGGCCAUGAGAGCCACUGAUCCUGAUAUUCCCACAGGCCCUUUCACACAAGAUACGUUCCAAGUCGAAAUCACAAUUUUGGUGGAAAACCCACAAGAAUCUCUGACCCUUCGCACGGACGAAUCCUAUUCUUUGUCCAUUAUUUCUGACGAUUUGAAUUCAAAGAAGCUCUCGGUCGGCAUCCGCGCUUCGACCUAUUUCGGUGCUCGUCAUGCUAUGGAAACCCUGUCGCAAUUGAUCUCAUGGAAUAACCAGAAGAACACCUUUCAGAUUCAUGACCAAGUCUUGAUUACCGACGCACCUUACUUUCCUCACAGAGGCAUCUCCGUGGAUACAGCUCGACAAUUUAUCCCUAUCCAAUACUUGAAGAAAGUCAUAGACGGGAUGAGUUUCAAUAAGCUGAACACCUUUCAUUGGCACUUGAGUGACUCACAAAGCUUUCCCGUCGAGUUGCCAUCGUUUCCCCAGUUGGCUCAGUACGGUGCCUAUUAUGAGAACGAGGUCUACUCUGCGGAAGACAUUCUCGAUUUGGUUGAAUAUGCUAUGCUGAGAGGAAUCAGACUCGUUCCCGAGUUAGAUGGACCAAGACAUGCUGCUAAUGGGUGGCAAUUUGGAGAAAUAGAGGGUUUGGGUACGUUGGCUUUUUGUAUAAAUGACGAUGAACUCCGAUGUCGGGGAGGGGUGUGUGGAUUGCUCAAUCCAAUUAAUCCAAAUCUAUACAUAGUAUUAGAAGGCAUUUUCAGAGACUUAAGACAUCUCAUCCCUUCGGAUCAGUUCCAUUUAGGGGCCGACGAAGUCGUGUUCCAUUGUUGGAACAAAAGCAUGGAAAUUCAAAACUGGAUGUUCGAUCAAGGAAUGAGUGGAACCAAAGACGAUUUCUACGCCCUCUGGCACUUAUAUCAGACAAACACUCUCGAAACCUUAAUCAGGGCUAAUGAUGGUCAGAGAAUUAAGGCUACAGUGUGGACUAGUUCCUUGACACAACGAGACAACUUUGACCAAGUCCUACCUGUUGAAGACUACAUCAUUCAGAUUUGGACAAACCAUGACGAGCCGACCCUACCGAACCUCAUAGGCCAGGGCUACGAGGUGAUUUUGAGCCAUGAAGACGUUUACUAUUUGGGAUGUGGCCAAGGAAGUUGGGGAGAUAAAGCGCCAGCUCAUUGUGACCCUUUCAAACAAUGGCGAGACAUAUAUGAUUUUGACCCGUUGGAUAACUAUUUGGCCUUUGAAGGUAGCGAAAUCGACCGAUCGGAUCAGAUAUUAGGGGCAGAGUUGGGCAUGUGGAUGGAGCAAACCUAUGGACCUACGUUAGAAGCCCAAAUCUUCCCACGAUCGGCAGCCUUUGCAGAACGUAUGUGGACCAAACCGAACUUGAACUGGACGCAGGCCGAGAUCCGUUUCAUUCAUCAGCGUCAAAGAAUUGUGGAGCGUGGGGUCAUUGCCGAAUCCGUUCAAAUGUACUGGUGCCAUCAAAACGAAGGCCGUUGUCGCGUAUUCGGAGAUCCCAGCGUCCCAGAACCUUAAAUUUCAUCAGACUUGAAACGCUCAAUUGAAGUUCUUGCCUUUUGUUCCUGUCGAAGAGUUAUAACUAAAGUAUUGUUACUAUCAAAGCAAAUGGGAAGUUAUGUUAGAAAUUAGAAUACCUGAGCGAACAAUUCAAUUAUUCCCAAAAUACCAUCGAGCAACUGUGGUCAGGGCUAUCAGGUAGUCUAACAUAAAACCGAUUUCGGUGUAGCCAACCUGAGCAGAUUUUUUUUAAAGCCAAGGAGUGAAUCGUAAAUCGAGAAAAGAUCCAACUUUUGUAGCAUAGUACGAUCUUUUCUCGAACUAAGAUUCGGUCCUUGGCUUUAAAAAAUAGGCUCAGUAUUCACACUCGCUCUUGAAUCCAAUGAGAUAUCCCCACGUGGUUUCGUGAGCACUUAUUUUGAAUUGCUGCUGGGUAGAAAAUUCAUUUAUUCAAUAGUAGAUGCCUU